GUACAAUUUCUAAGAGCUCGCGUAUCAAGCGUCAAACGCUGGCAGAGUAACAAAUAAUUCGCCUUUUAUAUAUCCCUCCCUCCCUCCCUCCCUAUCUCCACCCUCUUCCUUCCGCCGAACAUGUUCUUCAAAUGCCGCGCAAAAACCCUACCAAAACCCAGAGGUUUCCGCCUUUGAAUCGAUCCCCGGAAAGUGCAGAUGGCGCUUCGGCUUCAUAAGCUCUUUCCGGCAAGUUGCGUGCAGGGAAGAAGCUUCUCCAAUCUCUCUCGUUUUCCAAUCAUGCCUCAAAACAGUGCGCUGCAGAAAUUCUCAGGCAAUUGCCUGCCAUAUUCGUCAUUUGGAAAUGGUGGGAAACAUGGAAAGUGCAUUCAGCUUAAAAUUAGGAAAGCAGGGGAUAAUUGCAGAGCUUCCAUGGAUCGAUUAAAGAAUUCCCAGUUAAAGGUCGAGCAUGGUCAUCCGCUGUUAAGAAGCCUUACGAAUGGACACGUGCAUAGAGACACUGCUAAUUUCAAUGCUCAAUUAAGAUUCGGGACUCUGAAUACAAGGAAUCCGAUGAAUAUCUUCACUUUUAGGAGUUUUGAAGCUGAUGACAGUGGUAGAUCGAAUUCAUUGCUUUGUGAACUGAUGGUUAGGAGAUUCUUAUCAGUUAAGGCUAUGGGAAAGAUUCAGGUUCCAAGAGCAAUGACAAAGAGAAGCAAUAAUAUGGUCAUGGGCAACGGACAGAGUCAAAAUACUCUUGCCGUCCAGGUGGUCCAUGGAACACAAAAGCAGGCCAAUUUGUUGGACGUUCAUAGCAACCUUGAUGGUGGGCUGCAUGUUACAGUCCCCAACCUGCCUGUCGAAAAGGGACCUUCAAAGAGCAGUAAGUCGGUCUUGAAAAUUGUAGUUACUGCACAACCCAAUAAACAGGGGAGUCGAGACAAGAAGAGCACAGAUGAAAAUGUUUAUCAGGCAGCCAUGAAGGAUGUGAUAUCUGGGAAAUCUACAACAACUGCUAAGAGCAGCAAUACUACCAAAAAUACCAAAGCACGGGUGAAACAAAGUCAGCGGACAAGAAGUAAGAAGAAAGAGGAACCUCUUUCUGACAUCAACCAGCCUUCUGGGGCAGGUGUGCCCCAAGUUUCUAAUGGGGCUUCGCAAGGGAAGAGACCUAAUGGCACUAUUUCUGGCCAGACCUCUAAGAAUGCAGCUAAUGAGAUUCAUCAACCAGAGGAGACGCCCUUGCCAGUGGUUGAUAAUCAGGCUCUCACGCUUCAUCAAUCCAAGAAAACAGCUGAAAACUCUUCCAGAAAGAGAAGUCCUCGGAAAAAAGUUACGGUUACGAAUUUAGAUAAGAUCCCAGCAAAACAGAGCAAGCCUGCAUUGCAGGUGUUAUCCACUGGCGAUUCACCACUGACUUCCAAAUCUAUAGCGACCUCAGCCCGUGCAUCAAGCGCAGCUGAACGCAGUAGGCCUGUUGCAUGCAAAGUAAAGACCUGGAGUGGGAAGUUAGGUCCUUUGUUUCCUCCUGAUGGCAAAUCUAUUGUGGUGGUGGAGUCUGUUGCAAAAGCAAAUGUUAUUCAGAAAUACCUUGGAGAUAUGUUUGAAGUCCUUCCUAGUUAUGGCCAUGUGAGGGACUUGGCUGGUAGGUCAGGAUCUGUACGGCCUGAUGAUGAUUUCAGCAUGGUUUGGGAGGUUCCGGCUGCUGCCUGGACUCAUCUUAAGAGCAUUAAGGUAGCACUAAAGGGAGCUAAAAAUCUUAUACUUGCAUCUGAUCCUGAUCGUGAAGGAGAGGCAAUUGCUUGGCACAUUUCUGAGAUGUUGCAACAGCAGGAUGCUUUAAAUGAAGGCAUUACUGUAGCAAGGGUCGUCUUUCAUGAAAUAACUGAAUCAUCCAUUAAAAGGGCACUUCAGUCUCCGAGAGACAUAAACAAGGACUUGGUCCAUGCUUAUCUUGCACGGCGUGCUCUUGAUUAUUUGAUUGGAUUCAAUAUUUCACCACUUUUAUGGAGGAAAUUACCUGGUUGCCAGUCAGCUGGUCGAGUCCAGUCUGUGGCUCUUGCCCUCAUAUGUGAUAGGGAAACAGAGAUCGAUGAAUUUAAGUCACAGGAGUAUUGGACUGUUGAAGUUGAGUUGCAAAAAGUGAAAGAAGGGGGCAUUAACUUCCAGUCACAGCUGACACAUUUUGAUUCCAACAAGUUAGAGAAAUUCUCCAUAAGCUCGCAAGCAGAGGCAAAGGCUAUUGAGCAGAAUGUUACUUCUUCUAACUUUCAAGUGGUGGGCACUAAAAGAAGCAAAAUGCAGCGAAAUCCGCCCACACCAUAUAUUACAUCAACUCUUCAGCAGGACGCUUCAAACAGAUUAAACUUUUACACUGAAUAUACAAUGAAGGUGGCUCAAAAGCUGUACGAAGGAGUUAAACUAUCAAAUGAUGAGGCUACUGGGUUGAUAACGUACAUGCGAACUGAUGGUCUGCAUGUUUGUGAUGAAGCUGUGAAGGAUAUCCGCUCCUUGGUUAUGGAAAGGUAUGGACAGGAUUAUACACCGAAGAGCACUCCCAAGUACUUUAAGGUGAAGAAUGCACAAGAGGCCCAUGAAGCUAUUCGGCCAACAAAUAUAAGGAGGUUACCAUCAUCGCUAGUUGGAAUACUUGAUGAAGAUUCCUUGAAACUAUACACUCUUAUAUGGUCUCGGACAAUGGCAUGCCAAAUGGAAGCUGCAACAGUCGAUAAGGUACAAGUUAAUAUUGCGAAUGUUGGAGAGGCAAUGGUUCUCCGGUCAACGAGUUCGAGAGUUGGGUUUCUUGGAUACCAAGCAGUUUAUAAGGAUAGAGAAACUGCAGCUGUUGGACAUGAUGAAAAUGAAGGGAUUGCUCGUGAGGAAGCUUUUAAUGUUCUCUGCACACUGAAGUCAGGGGAUCAAGUGCAUCUUGGUAAGGUGGAACUCAAACAACACCAUACAGAACCUCCUCCGCGCUAUUCUGAGGCAACAUUGGUUAAAAGGCUGGAAGAACUUGGAAUUGGAAGACCCUCUACUUAUGCAUCCAUAAUGAAAGUGUUAAAGGAAAGAAACUACGUAACGAUGAAAAGUCGAAAACUGUUUCCAGAGUUCAGAGGUCGCAUGGUGUCUGCAUUUCUCUCCCACCAUUUCUCUGAGGUUACAGAUUAUAGUUUCACAGCUGAUAUGGAGACGGAGCUAGACAAUGUUUCUGCUGGAACAACUGCAUGGAAAGGCCUCUUGAAAGAUUAUUGGGCACGAUUUAGCAUGUAUUGCGAUCGUGCAGGCAAGGUUGAUAUUCGGCAGGUUGAGAAAAUGUUGGAGGAAACGUAUGGGCACUUCUUGUUUGCAUCCCUUCCUGAUAAAAGCCGGAGAUGCCCAAGUUGUAUGGAGGGCACUUUGGUCUUCAAAGUAAGUAGAUUUGGAGCAGGCUAUUUUAUUGGUUGUAACCAGCAUCCGAAAUGCAAGUACAUCGCUAGGACGAUAUUUUCCGACGAUGAUGAUGGUGUUGCUCCUCAAAAACCAGACCAGAGCUUUGAGCCAAAAUUACUGGGUCUUUAUCCUGGUUCUAAUGAAAAGAUAUAUGUGAAGAAUGGCCCAUAUGGAUUCUAUGUACAAUUGGGUGAUGACAGGAAAGGAUUCUCACCAAAAAGAGCCUCUAUUUUGAAGGCAAAGGAUGUAGAGUCUAUCACGUUAGAGGAUGCUCUUGAGUUGCUGCGCUACCCUGUAACAUUGGGGAGUCAUCCACAGGAUCAAGAACCAGUGUCACUAAGAGUAUCAAAAAUUGGAUUUUCAGUUAGACAUCGGCGCACCGUUGCACCAGUGCCAAAGGGCAUGGAUCCUCAUAGUGUCACGCUAGAGAAAGCACUCAAAUAUUUGGCGAGUAAAGACGCCAAGCAAUGUGGAAGGCCUAAAGGCAAGCCGAGAGUUGAAGAAGCCAUGGAAGCCAUGUUUUCUUAAUAUAAAGAGGUAAAGGUGAGGUGCCAUCGCCAUCCCUGAAAUUUUGAAGAAGCCAUGCAAGAUUCAGGCAUGAAUAACAGUUUCUAUUUUAUUUUUGUCUUUAAAUUUUUUUUUUUUGCGGCGGGAUGUUUUUUCAUUCAUAUUCAUCAAUAGAGAAAGUUAGGCUCACUGAAGCCCAAAAGAAGAAAAAGAAAAGGAAAACAGAAAUUGUUGGCUGAGCUGGUUCAUGCUGUAUGUUUCCAUGUACGUAUUUAGGUUAUUCCCUCUAUUAUUUUUAAAUUUAUUAGAGAGGUAUGUAUAUAUACAUCAGGUAUUUUUAAACAUCCAUUUUAUCUCA